AUGUUUGAAGCAGAGCAGAAGAUCCCAACCACAACCACCGGAGAAGACCCGACCCUCCACGAUCCGAUGGCUCACCCCGCAACACAAACACAAAGUGGAGGUCGGAAAGGGAAAGAAGAGAAUGGCUUCACCAAGGAUGAAACCACCAACCUGGAAAAAUCACUACCAUCCAGAUCUGCAAUAGGCACCCACCAAAUUGCUAACUCCGGAUCCUACAACCAGCAAACCUUGAUAAGGAGAACCAAGAACCGAAGGAAGAGACAUAGCUCGACGGGAAAUGAAGAGACAAAGCUCCACAGGAACGGAAAUUGA